AUGUCAGGAAGAGGCAAAGGAGGCAAGGGGCUCGGCAAAGGCGGCGCCAAGCGUCACCGCAAAGUCCUCCGGGACAACAUCCAGGGCAUCACCAAGCCUGCCAUCCGCCGCUUGGCUCGCCGCGGUGGAGUCAAACGUAUCUCCGGCUUGAUCUACGAGGAGACUCGCGGUGUCCUGAAAGUAUUCCUGGAAAAUGUCAUCCGCGACGCCGUGACUUACACCGAGCAUGCCAAGAGGAAGACGGUGACCGCCAUGGAUGUGGUUUACGCGCUGAAGAGGCAAGGUCGUACUCUGUACGGCUUUGGCGGUUAAGCGUCCGUAUCGGAACAACUUCAACUCAAACGGUCCUUUUCAGGACCACUCACGUAAUCUAUAAAGGGCCCGUUACUCUGACGCAAUCUAAUUAUUUGGUGGCCGCUCCAUCCAUCCAUUUCUACCGCUUAUUCCCUUUUGGGGUCGCGGGGGGCGCUGGAGCCUAUCUCAGCUACAAUCGGGUGGAAGGUGGGGUACACCCUGGACAAGUCGCUAGCUCAUCGCAGGGCUGGUGGCCGCUCCAUUACCGAGUAAUUUCUUGGCUGGUGUGGUGAUAUUUGUUCCACAUAAUGGAGCCACUAGAACAGUGGUUCUUAACCUUGUUGGAGGUACUGAAUCCCACCAGUUUCAUAUGCGCAUUCACCAAACUCUUCUUUAGUGAAAAAUAAAAAU